AUGGCAGGACUCGUGGGAUAUGCAAGCAGCGACGAUGAAGAUGUCACUUCGCAGAAGACCGAGUCACCAAAGGUCACGAGUCUGUCGACGGAGAGAAUCACACAUCCAAUAUCGACGAGCAAGUUAGGCCCCGAAGGAGCCGCGGCAAGUGCCAAUCCGUCACGACGACCAUCAAACCCGUCAUCACCAUCAGCACCAUCACAACCCAUAGUUGGCCCAGUCGCCCUGGGACCAUCACUUCCCCCGCCAGAUGCCAGCCCCUCGGAUCCAGCCCUGAAGCAUCUCCCCGAGGACUUCUCCGACUCGGGGAAAGGAGCGUCCGCGCCACCCUCCCCGUUUUCCGCAAACAGAGCUCUCAUCCACCACCUCACCUUGCCGUCGAUACCGAACCUGGACAUCCCGGCUUCACCCCCGGGCUCGCCUCCUCCCGGCGCGAACCAGAAGAUGGAGCAGUUUCUUCAUCUGAAGCGCAGGGGAACUCACUUCAACUCCAAACUCGAGUCGUCAACGGCUCUUCGGAACCCGUCUCUGAUGGAUAAACUCUUGUCCUUUGUCGACUUGUCCGGCCCGAGGCAAUACGAAACUACGCUACCGCCGGAACUAUACGACCCCGGCAGUUUUCCGCGGUGGGCGUACAGGAAAGAAUUGCGCCACAGUAGGGAGGAGGUGCUCAAGGAACGAGAAGGCGACAAGGCAGCUGCUAGGGGAAUCGAAUUUGUGCCCGCUUCGUCCACCACGCCAGUAGGCGGCCUCUCCAAGGGGGAGAAGCGCAAGAGUGGAUGGAAGUGA